CACUUGCCCGUUGAAGUUGACUCGUAAAGAAUUCGGAUCUUCCCCCUUUCCUUUCAAUUCCUCUCUAGUCUUCUACCUUCAAUCGAAUCACUCCACACUCCCCCCCCAACUCGGUUUCUGCAAUCGCUUAUCUUCUCAAAAAUGGGGCUGAAUCACCUCGCUUCUCGGGCCAUUUUCCGAUCCGCCCGCCUCGCCGCCUCCAAUUCCCGCCACCUCCGCCGCGCCAUCGUCACCACACCGGAGCUCCACAACUCUGCUGAGGCAGCUGCGGCGGAGCCAGAUCUCCCCAAGAGGAACCCUGUGGCCGGCGCUCGCGUCCAUUUCCCCAAUCCGGACGACGCAAUCGAGGUCUUCGUCGAUGGCUACCCGGUCAAAAUCCCUAAGGGGAUGACGGUGCUCCAGGCCUGCAUGAUCUCCGGCGUCGAUGUCCCCAGGUUCUGCUACCACGACCGCCUCUCCAUCGCCGGAAACUGCCGUAUGUGCCUCGUCGAGGUCGAGAAAUCGCCCAAGCCGGUCGCCUCCUGCGCGAUGCCCGCUCUUCCAGGAAUGAAAAUCAAGACAGAUACACCGCUUGCAAAGAAGGCGAGGGAAGGAGUAAUGGAAUUUCUGUUAAUGAAUCAUCCACUGGAUUGCCCAAUCUGUGACCAGGGUGGAGAGUGUGAUCUCCAGGAUCAGUCCAUGGCUUUUGGUUCUGAUCGUGGUCGUUUUACUGAAACAAAGAGAUCAGUAGUUGAUAAGAACCUAGGACCUCUGGUUAAGACAGUGAUGACUCGAUGCAUCCAGUGUACCAGGUGUGUGAGAUUUGCAUCAGAAAUAGCAGGUGUUCCAGAUCUUGGCAUGCUGGGUCGUGGCAGUGGAGAAGAAAUUGGAACUUAUGUUGAGAAACUUAUGACCAGUGAAUUGUCAGGCAAUGUAAUAGAUAUCUGUCCUGUAGGUGCCCUGACAUCGAAGCCUUUUGCCUUUAAAGCCCGUAAUUGGGAGCUAAAGGGUACAGAAAGUAUUGAUAUAACAGAUGCUGUUGGUUCAAAUAUUCGCAUCGACAGUAGAGGUCCCGAGGUCAUGCGGAUAGUUCCUCGGCUGAAUGAGGAUAUCAAUGAGGAGUGGAUAUCAGAUAAGACCCGUUUCUUUUAUGAUGGACUGAAGAGGCAAAGGCUAAAUGAUCCAAUGAUUCGAGGUGCAGAUGGCCGCUUUAAGGCUGUGAGCUGGCAUGAUGCGCUUGCAGUGGUUGCAGAGGUGAUCCACAAAGUUAAACCAGAUGAAAUUGUUGGGGUUGCUGGUAAGCUGUCGGAUGCUGAAUCUAUGAUAGCACUAAAGGAUUUCUUGAACAAGAUGGGGUCAGAUAACAUUUGGUGUGAAGGAAAUGGCCCCAGUCCGAAUGCUGACUUGCGAUCUGGAUAUAUUAUGAACACUAGCAUUAGUGGGUUGGAGAAAGCUGAUGCUUUUCUCUUAGUUGGUACACAGCCAAGGGUUGAAGCUGCCAUGGUGAAUGCUAGAAUUCGCAAAACAGUUAAAGCAACUAAUGCAGAGGUUGGAUAUGUGGGCCCUCCAGCCGAUUUGAACUAUGCUCACAAGCAUUUGGGAACAGGUCCAGAAACACUGACUGAGCUUGCCGAGGGACGCCAUCCAUUUUACUCUGUCCUAUCCAAUGCUAAAAACCCUGUCAUAAUUGUUGGUGCUGGAAUUUUUGGACGGAAGGACAAGGAUGCAAUUUUCUCAGUGGUUGAGACCAUUGCCAAGAAAGUAAAUGCAGUCAGGCCUGAAUGGAAUGGACUGAAUGUGUUGUUGCUUAAUGCUGCUCAAGCUGCUGCACUCGAUCUUGGACUUGUAGCAGAAUCAGAAAAAAGCAUUGAAUCCGCCAAGUUCGUCUAUCUAAUGGGUGCAGAUGACGUAAAUUUGGACAAAACCCCUGAAGAUGCCUUCGUGGUAUACCAAGGCCACCACGGUGAUCGGGGUGUGUAUCGGGCCAAUGUUAUUCUACCAGCAUCAGCUUUCACUGAAAAAGAAGGCACAUAUUCAAAUACUGAAGGGUGUGCACAAAGUACUGUACCUGCAGUUCCCACCGUUGGUGACUCUAGAGAUGACUGGAAAAUCAUUAGAGCAUUGUCUGAGGUGGCAGGUGUUGCGCUGCCAUACGACAACCUAAGUGCAAUCAGAUCCCGAAUAAGUACUGUGGCCCCCAACCUAUUGCGGGUUGAUGAGAGAGAGCCCGCUGCAUUCUCAACUUCUGCAUUAAGACCAGAAGUUAAGGAGAAGCCCGAUGCUGCUCCUUUCACAGCUGCCAUAGAGAACUUCUAUAUGACCGACUCCAUUACCAGAGCGUCUAAGAUCAUGGCACAGUGCAGCAGUGCCUUGUUGAAGAAAUGAGUGUAGUCCCGGCAUUUCUACGAAGGUGCCAUUUCGGAUCUUCUUUUAGCAUUCAUUGUGAGAGAGAACAUGUAACAUUGUAAUACCUUGCACUAUGCCAUAAUGUUUUGCCCAUAAAUGGCAACAUAACUGCAAUCUAUAUGGAUGUUUGAUACC